CCCAACCGGAAGAACUUUAAUGGAAGUAGUACAUGAAUGAUUUACCUUGGUUCCGUUCACCUUGUGCAGGUUGGGCUAAAACAGAUUCUUCCCUUUGCCAAUGCGCCCCCCCCCAACCUCUCUCCCGCCGCCAACCCGAAUGUUAUAGCUGGCCUAAUUAUGGGGAUCAUCACAGUUGUUUUGCUAACAAUUCAUGUGUUAUUCAUGUUUUCGUUUCCAUUCUGCUGCCAUUAUCGUUGUCAUGUUUCGUGUCUUAUUCAUGUUUUAUUGGGUUUCCAUUCUCUUUGUUGUGUUUUAGGUGCUGGGGAGGAGGAGAGUGAUUUGAAACUGUGAUUUCACUGCCGUCAUUUGUUAGCCAUGGCGCGGACUAGAAAACGGAAGGCUCCUGGAGACUGUGAGCGAUUUAUGAUGAGUCAGAUGUAUUCAUUACAGAGGUAUCUUGCUGGAUACUGGCUUGCCCCAGGUUUUGACCUCAGUCCUGAGCAGUUUUAUCAGGCUGCGCUCUCGAUAAUCUUGCCACCUGCUAAGCGGGUGGCUCGAGCUCCUGCUCCUCCUGAAGCCGGAGCACCUGCAAAGGUUGCUUUGCCCCCUGUGACGAAGGAUGGCAAGACAUUGCCUCAAACAGCUGCUGCUUUGCCUGCAUCAACAACACCUGUGGUUUUGCCCGAACCUCCUAAGCGACCAAACGAACGGGGGAAGGAAAAGAAGUUGGUUCCUGUGCCUGUUUCUGCACCUCCUGCACCAGCGAAGGGUCCUGCUGUCAUGCCUGGUGGGAGAGCCAAUGCAGCAGUCACACCGGGGAAGGGUAAGGGCGAGGCUGCACGUACCAAACCUACGGGAAGCGCUGCGGCAAGUGCUGGGAAGGGAGUGGUGGGGUCAGCAGCAUUUCUGAAGGCAGGUGCGAACAAUGAGGCUUUAGUUGUCACAAGUGGUUCUUUGGCAAAAGCAGGAGGGAAAGAAGUGGGGGAACCAGCAGCAGGAGAGGGUGGAAAUGCAACUCCGAAGGCUGAAAUGGCCUGGACGCCUGAGGAUGAUACCAAGUUACAGCAGGUUGUCGGAGAGGUAGGUGAAAACUGGAAGAAGGUGGCGGUCAGGAUCCAUGGCAGGAAGCGGAGUGAAUGUCGUGCAAGGUGGAUGCAUCUGCGUUCAGAUUUGUGCGUGAAGAGAGCACCAUCCAAGGCAUGGACAGAGGAAGAGGAUGCUGCAAUUGUCAGGAUGUACAAAGAGUUCGGAAAGAAGUGGACACGAAUGGCAAAGGAGCUUCCUGGCAGGACAAGAAAGACUGUCAAAAGCAGGUGGUUGACAGCACUUAAGCACAGGGUGGAAGACGAUGGUGAAGGUGGGGCUACUGGUGAUGGCAGUGAUGGUGACAUGGAUAUGACGCCAUCUGAUCCACAUAUCAAGCAGCAAGUGAAGGGAGGGCAAACGUCAUUGUCCCAGUCAGCAAAGCACCACCAAGCGCAGAAACAUCAGCAGCAGCACCAACAGCAGGAGGAACAGUCGAGUCCAAACAAAGAGCAAAGACCAGGUGAUAAGAAAAGGAAGAAAAAGAAGAAGGCAAAAGGGAAACCAAAGGAUGCUGUUGCUGAAGAUGGUGACGUACAGAAGCCGCACUUCUCAAAAAUAGAUGAAACAGCUGCUGCCAAGGAGGACACAAGAGGACUGGGACACCAGACUAUGGAUUCGAUGCAAGCAAUCACAUUAGCACCAAACAGGCUUUCAGUGGAAUCAGCCGGUCAGAAAGUCUCACAGGAUCCUAUACGCCAGGAUGUGGGGCCUGAGCAAGCAGUAGCCUCAUUGAAAGAGCAGCAAGCUGAACAGAAAUCGUUGCCGGCACGGGCAUUCACAAAGAAGCAAGUGUUGGGAAACCUCGGGUCGGUUUUGCAGCAACAGCUGAUCUUGAAAAAGCACCUGCAGCAGCAGCAGCAGCAGCUGUUGCAGAAACAGAAGGAGGGAUGUGGGGUUGGCGGGAAGCAACCACUCACCAUGGAACAUUCUGAUUCUGCAAAUGUGCAAAAGAUGAAUACAGCAGGGGAAGAGGCAGAGCAGCAGGUGCAGACUCAAGCACCAAGUGCGAGCAUUCCAGAAGCAGCAAAUGCAGCAAGAAAAUCAGCAAGAACACGUAAGAUAUGGACCUGAAGAACAGCAACAGGUGAGGCAAGAGAAGCAAGAAGAGAGACAGUGGUUAGGGCAGAAGCAGCAAGACGAACAGCACCAAGGGCAAGAGCAGG